UAUUCAAUAUGGCAGCCUAACUAUACAUUGUAUAUUGAGCCCUGCCCACGACAAGUUUCUCUAGAAUUGAAAUCGAUAAUAACCAGUCAGUGCAUUUCAUUUGCAUUGUUUUAUAAGCAUAUUGCUAGAAAAAAAAAAAGCGAAGCAUUUGUGGGCAACGAUUGCUCAUUUGUGUCCGCUAAGGGUCGCACAACAUAAUGUCUAACAGUCUGAAAAUGGGCAAAGCCAUUGAAGACUGUUAUGUCAUCGCCAAGUAUGAUUACGUUGCCCAGGGGUCACAAGAGUUAAGUCUGAGAAAGAAUGACAAGCUCCUUUUGUUGGAUGACUCAAAACAUUGGUGGAAAGUUCAAAAUUCUCAACACCAAUGGGGAUAUGUCCCUAGUAAUUAUGUGAAGAAGGAGAAACCUUCUAUAUUUGAUUCAAUCAAGAAACGUGUGAAGAAGGGCAAUAGUAUCAACAAAUCAUCCACUAGUCCUGGUGGCUCUCCUGUGAGAGAAGUUGACUCUCCUGGGGUUAUCAAACGUCCUUCUCCCGAUACAUCACAUUAUCCAACCCAUGAUCUCAAUGCAGGGCCUCAUCAAGGUUGGGCUCUUGUCCGUUACAAUUACACUGCCCAGCAAACAGAUGAAUUAUCUUUGGUCAAAGGAACAAAGGUGCUGGUGCUGGAGAAGAGCAGUGAUGGUUGGUGGAAAGGCCAAUAUCAAAACCAGAUAGGUUGGUUUCCAUCAAAUUACACCUUGCCUGAUUCUUUACAGCAGCCUGCAACUAACAUGACAGCUAGUGUUGCCCCACCAGCUGCAUCAGCUAUGGUGAUGUCAGCAGGAGAACAUAUGUAUUCUGCUGCAGAAAAUGUUCUUGAUGUAGUAGUUGCCCUUUACAGUUUCGUUGCACAAAAUAAUGAGGAGUUAAGCUUUGUCAAAGGCGAGAGACUUGAAAUCCUAGAUCGCCCACCAGCGGACCCUGACUGGUAUCGAGCUCGGAAUACCCUUGGCUCAAUUGGCUUGAUUCCAAAGAACUAUGUCCAGGAGAUCAGCGAUUUCUUGACAGAGCCCUUUCGUCAACGAGCACCUGGCAACGGUGCUCCUGCAGGACCUUCUGCCGUUUCUCACUUACCCCAUACCGUAAACAAUGGAAAUAACGCAGUGGACGGCAUGGGCCGAAGUUUAGAUGCCCUCAGUUUGAAUGUACCUCCGUCUACAUCGGCCAAUUCCAGCCAAGAUCCUUCCUUUCCCCAUCUGAAGGAAAAACACUGGUUUUAUGGAGCCAUUACCCGGUCCGAAUGCGAUAAUCUACUCAACCAGUACGGUCAGGAUGGUGAUUUCCUUGUGCGAUCUUCAGAGACCAACGUGGGUGAUUAUUCCGUCUCCCUGAAAGCACCCGGUCGUAAUAAGCAUUUCCGAGUCCACGUCGAAGGAGCACUAUAUGUCAUUGGUCAGCGCAGGUUCCACUCCAUCGAUCAGUUGGUAGAUCAUUACCAACGAUCCCCAAUAUUUACGUCGGAUAAAGGAGAACGGCUCUUCCUUAUCCGACCUUUACCCAAGCCGGUUGGCUACACCCCGCCUCCAUUCGCACCUCCUACUCCUGCCGCAAGAUCGAUGCAACAACAAAUCGCCUAGAGACGGUUUUAACACAAGCAGCUCUAACCAAAUUUUGUCUGGGUUUUUUAAGAACCCAAUGUGUUUGAAGGAUUCAGAGGAAUCACCUCAUCUCUUUCAGUGGCCCUUUUCCCAUAACAUCUCCUUUCACAACGAUUCAUCCACCUAAUCGUGCAGUUAUUCUGCAUUAUUACUACCAAAAGGCUCUGCAGAAUGUGCAUUUUAAAGCUCAUCGUGUGAAAUUAAUCUCUUAGUUAGCCCUGAUUAAUUGGACAAAUUUACGCCCAGUUCGUUUUUUUUAUAUGUCAAUGGGGCACAAAAAAAAUGCUAAGUGACAAAAAAUAACUGCAGAAGAGCAACUUGGUAUCUCGAUCUACAGUAUCUUCAAUUUUUGUUUUCGAUUUUGUAGAAAGGUUGAUCUUAGGUCGCCUUUUUGUUUUGGUUCGAUUGGGAAAAGAGGGAGAGUUAAGAGGUGAUUCGCUUGUUUUCAUUCCCAGAUUGGUCGCCCACUCGUCAUCACGAGACCUUAAUGGAUUUUUUUUUUCUCUCCCUCUCUCUAAUGUUCGUGUUGGUAUCGAGGUAUCUAGUCUCUCGCAUCCCUUGACACCAGGCAACAAAUAAUCAUUCAGAAGCUGAGUUCCAUAACGGAGGAAUGCUAAUGAUAAGAGCAAAUUUUUUUUUUGGUUCUAUCCCACCCCACCCCACAAAAAAAAGAAAAAAAAAUAUCUGUCAUCAUGUUCGUAAAUCCCUCCCCAACAGAUUGAAUGCGUUUAUCCGUGUAACCCAUCUGUAGUAUGAUUUUUCACAGCCCAUUUAUGUUCUGUAUGGUGAGUGCGUGUGCGUGUGUCUGUCUGUACAGCCGUUAUCGUCUUUUUCACCUAAGUUUUACUGUCGACGUCUUCAUCGAAAUCAUUUCCUCUCGUUCUGUUGCUGAUUUGUUUCCCCAUCUUCGCAGCUGAUUUGUGUUUUCAGCCUUCAUUUUCAUCCCAUCUGUAUUUUUCCUUUUUUUUUUUUUUUUUUUUUUUUUUUUUGUUACCCUUCUUUUCUGACAUGUCUACUAGCGGAAUGUUCUGUAUGAAGAAGAAAUUUGCUCUCUCCGCUUUUGAAUUGUCUCGACCCCUUUUCACUACCCGCCUUCGAUUAUCAAUCCCAACACUUUUUCCCCAACUGCGUGACUCAUUUCCUUUUUAUCGGAUAUGUUUAUGAUUAACGGAUGCUUGCAAUUUGAGAAGGCUUUGAUUUUACGCUUUUACAGGAAUGCCGCUUUUCAUAAAAAAAAAAAAAAAAAAAGGGAACUCGAAAGAAAAAAAAAGAAUGACACGCAACCACUUAAAACCGCUAGCGGAUUUCUGGUUGCAACGGGUCGAACGUAUCAAGUAAAGAAAUGUCUUCUUUAGUUCUUUUCUUCCCCCCAUCGUUCUUCAUUCUCAUAUAUGUCGUCUAGAAUAUAUCGUUUGAGAUGCUG